GAGCAAAAGGUGCAAAAGGCUAAAGAUGGCGACAAACACUACACAAUGUACACCAACCGAGAAAUCUGUAAAUCAGGAAGAGGAAGAAAAAGCUAAAUCACAAACUGAUGUUGUUUCUGAUGAGGCCUCAGAUGAAGAAGAAGAAGAGGCAGGAGGACCAGGAGUUCAAGAAAUUCCUCCUAGGAAUUUACCUCCGAUAGAUCUUAACCCUGAUGAUUUGGAUGUGGAUCUAAACCAUAGACGCAUUGAGAAAAUUGAAGGAUUUGAAAAACUUACACAAAUUGAGACAUUAUGUUUGCGUCAGAAUCUCAUCAAGAAGUUGGAGAAUCUAGAAGGGUUAACAACUCUGACUGAGCUGGAUGUUUACGACAACGCUCUCACUAAGAUUGAAAACCUUGAGACACUUGUCAACUUAACGAUACUGGACCUAUCGUUCAACAAGAUAAGAAAGCUUGAACAUCUUGACACCCUUGUAAACCUUCAGAAGUUGUUUGUAAUUCACAACAAGAUUUCAUCCAUCAGAAGUCUCUCUAACUUGAGCCAAUUGACAAUGUUGGAACUUGGUGACAAUCGGAUUGUGAAACUAGAGAAUUUUGAUUCAUUAGUGAACCUUGAGAGUCUCUUUGUGGGAAAGAACAAGAUCAGCAAGUUAGAAAAUUUGGGUCCUCUCAAAAAGCUGAAAGUUCUGAGUAUACAGAGCAACAGAAUCACCAAGCUUGAAGGUCUUGAUGAAUUAGAGACUUUAGAGGAACUUUACAUCAGCCAUAAUGGAAUUCAGAAACUAGAAAAUCUUCAAUAUAAUGUGAAUUUAACCACAUUAGAUCUUGCCAGUAAUCGGAUUUCUCGCAUUGAGAAUGUCGGCCAUCUAACAAAUCUUGAAGAGUUUUGGUUCAAUGGUAAUCAGCUUGAUCAUUGGCCUGACAUUGAGCAACUGAAGAAUGCAACAAAGCUACAGACAGUAUACUUUGAGCAUAACCCUAUAGCUAAAGAUCCAAUGUAUCGAAAGAAGAUCAAGUUAACACUUCCUUCAUUGACGCAAAUUGAUGCAACCUUUACAAGAUAAGAACAGAGUUUUGUUUGAUGUUUCGAAGACUGACAGGGUAGUUUCAGUAAAGUUGUCCAGCAGAAGAAAAAAAAGCUUACAAAUAAACCGAGUCAUAAAGUACAUGCAAAAGUAGCAGGGAAUCCUAAAAGUGACGUAUAUUACUUGGAAUAUAGGCGGGUAUCCUGUUUCUGUGACGCAAGAGUUUGAUCAAAGUGCUAAGCAAAUUUAUGUUCCGAGUGAUUUACUGUGUGUGGUUAGCAAACAACUCAGAAGUGUGGUUUAAAAUUAGAAAGAAAAAGUGUUCCACCCAGACAAUUUAUUAAAGUAUAAUUUUGAGUUAUUGGUACUGGACUCGGGGGGCCAUUGGUCCAUCACAGUGUGCGACAAUUGUUUUGUUAUACCUUGGUAACAUUAUUAUUGCUCUUCUUGCAGUUUUGUUGUCAUCUUCAAACAUUGGCUAUGGAACAUGCAUCUAUGUAUCACAUUGGUCCAUCACAGUGCGCGACAAUUGUUUUGUUAUACCUUGGUAACAUUAUUAUUGCUCUUCUUGCAGUUUUGUUGUCAUCUUCAAACAUUGGCCAUGGAACAUGCGUCUAUGUAUCACAUUGGUCUCAACCAAUAAAACUUCUCAAUUUGUUAUCAAGCUAUAACAAAGGUUAAUGUUAGCCUUGUAUAUAUCAUAUAGAUCUGCCAGUAUAUUUUCUGUCAGAAAUUGUAGAAUCAAUGCCAACAGAUUAAUGUUAUCUUUUAGAACUAAACCAGUUCAUCAGCCAUUGCCUUUUUUACUUCACAUAUAAUUAGAAUUAACAUUGAAAUGUAAUUAUAUGUGUGACUUUUAGCCCAGAUUGGUUUUCUCUGUUGCAGUCACACUGAAGUCCUACCGGGGCUAAGUGACAUUUGGCUUUUGUAUACCACUUGCAACAAAUUUACAUUUCCUUGUGAUUUCUGAAAUUUUGAAUGAAUUCAUUUCCAUGAGUUGUUCUAAAAAUGAACAAUUAAAUAGAAACUAAUGUUAGGAUUUAUAAUGUGCAACUACAUGUGUAGUACCUUCCAUGCAAAACUAACCCUAACCCUAACCCUGCAUGCAAAAAUAGAGCAAUGCUAGCACACACGUCUGGAGUAGCUCAGAGAAGUUAAACAUGUACAAAUGGUAGGCUGGUUUUUAGAGUGUUGCUUAUAAUGUACUUAACAAUUCAAUUGUAUGCAUGCCAUUGGCUGUUACAAUGCACAGUAGUUCCAUGGUUGCCAUUAAUAAUAUUGAAAUGCCCAGCCUAAUUCAAAAUAUGAUUGAUUUGUCUGAGCUGUCAAUCAACAACUCUUAAAACCAUGGAGCAAUUUAUUAACCAUAAGGAAUUAUCUUGAAGGAACAUUUUAGGGUAUAAGAAUACUUAUUAAUAGUUAAUGGUCUGCCAACAGAAAUACAUAACUUUUGGCAAACAAACUAAAAAGGAUUGUAACUGUUUGAAGUUUAUAUACUUUUAGAUAAACAUAUAUUUAACAGCUUUCUUGAGUGAAGAUUGCAUAAUAUGUAGCCACUUGAUUGUACAUUAAGUAGUCAGUUAGUCUUUCAAUGGUUUUACAGUGUGUCUCUAUAUUCUUAGCACUCUUGAAGCAAGAUAUCGCGCUGUAACUCCGAUGAGCUAGUGGUAGUCCACCAGUGGUUGACAGAGUGUUUUGUUAUAGAUGAAACUUAGUCUUGGUAAAGGAUGUUCACAAUGUGUUGUUACAAGUCCAACCAGAACAAUGAGGUUGUAAAACUGAAUAGUAACGUACAACAUUGCUGUAUAAAUACAUGUACAUGGAGGGGGGGUGUUCCAGUGUAGUAUGUAGGCGUUGAUUGAACCUGAAUGUACAUACAAUUGUUAUGUAAACAGUACGUUGAAUUAUAAAGUUAAUACACUUUGUAAAAUAAAUUGUUUAAUCACAACAUA